AUGGGGAUGGGGAUUCUAGGAGGGGCUUCACAGUGACCUCAUACUUCAUAUAUUCUACGUCUGAACCGGCAUUAACUAAAUAUUCUGCCUUUAACUGCAGUGCAACGAAAGCUUACAUCUAUUCAGCAUCUGUCAAUCUGACCUCUGUAUUCUUCACAAAUCCAACACACGACGCAGAGCUCUAAGGAUGAAGAUUGAAAACAGCCUGCCCUGCUCUCAACUCCCUGAGGCCCCUCCUCAGACCGGGCUGGAUUUUACAGUGGCAACGGAGGAGGACUUUGAUGAUAUCAUGGCCAUGAGCAAGGAUAUCUAUGGCGGCCUGGACUAUCUGCCCUCCCGCUAUCAAGCCUGGCUGCAAGAGAGCAACCGCACUGUCAUUUUGGCUCGCAAGCAAGGCAAAGUGAUUGCACUAGAGUCAGUGUGUGUUAUCGAUGAUGGCGAGACCAUGCUAGUGGAAGGACUUCGUGUUGCCCCACAGGAGAGGGGGAAAGGUGUGGCAGGGGUACUUCUUCGCUUUUGCUCUCAACUGGUUAAGUCCAAGUACCCUGACGUUAAAGUCAGCAGACUGACAAGAGAUGACCAACUGGGGCCAAAAGACUUCCAGAAGUACCGGCUCAUCACCAAACAGGGAAUCCUUCUGGUGCGCUUCCGCGCCGAAGACCUUAAAUUACGCCUUGCUGAUCUUGGGCCUAAUAUCACUGUAGCUGGGGAGGGGCUGUCCACCACAAACAUCCCGGUGCGUCUGGAGCCUGCAGAGGUGCAUCAGCUCUUCCUAAGCGAUGUUCUAAUGCAGGGUGUCCUUCCCAAUGCAACCAUCGUUCAAGAUUGGCAGCCAUUCAAGCCUCUGCCUAGCAACAUGGCCAUCCUGCUGAAGAAGGACAUUGAUUGGAUGGUUGACGAUGCCAGGAGCCCAACCAUGGCUAGCUUGUGCACUUUCCCAUUCCACGUGCCAAUCGGUGAUGACUGGUACUACCUCAACAUCGACAUGUUUGGUAAAGACCUGAUGCUGGCCAUACAACAGCUGCUGUGCCACCUGAGGUGCCACACUGGCACUCUGAAGGGUUACGUCAUGUGUCAGGUGUUCCUGGAGCCUGCGCUUUGGAAGCCCAUGGCUGAUUUUUUUAGGGAGACCCUUAAAGUGGAGCUGGUGAAGGAGUACACAGAGCAGUGCGUUGUGGAGUCUGAUGUCGUUUAGUCGAGGAGCCUCAGAAACACCUUCCCUUAAAAUUAGACACCAAACCUACAGUAAAGAGAGGAAAUUUAACAUCUCCCUCAAAUAUGGCACCUAAACAAAAAAAACACAA